AGAUAACGCAACUACCUUGUUUAAACAGGUAACUGAUAACACAUAAUGCAUUCCAUAGACCACAGUCAUGGCUAAACAAGGAUACGAUUAAUGUUAUCGGAAAUACUUUUAUCACGUUUAAGAAAUUCAUUCUAAAAAAAACAAAGUUUAAAAUUAUGUGAUGCCUUUAUUUCUUCAACUUAUUCCUACAACUGAGAUUUUGUUGGAUAUUUAAGAACCAGUGAGUCAAGGAGAAAACAAAAGAAUAAACAAAAUGGCGGCCUUUAUGAGGCUUGCCUUGGGUGUUCUCUUGUGUACUCAGGAUAUUUUGAUGACAAACAUCAUGGAACUGAAAAUAUCAAACAACGCGAGGAAAGGAGACAUUAUUACAAAGUGUGGCUGUUCUAAUCAGGAGUGCUUAAUUAAACCAUCCUCAAACUCAGACAACGGUUUCGAAAUUUCAAAUUCGGGAAAUAUUAUUUUGAGCAAAGAUGCCGAACUUUUGAGAGGAUUAACAUAUCCGGUGUCAGUUCUCACGAAAAAUAACUGUUACGACAAUAUGUUUGAGGAACAAAACUAUGUUUUCCAUAUUGUUGAUUCCACGUAUUCAGCAUCUAGUCAUCUAUUCCACAGCUCAAUCAUGCUUGGAUUCCCAGCUUUUUUGGGAACUGUUUCAAGUUUUGAUCUUUCCCAAAGCAGCAAAGAUCAAAUCCAGUCAUUUCAAUUGUCAGGACCACUGUCUGACCAUUUCAAAAUAGAAGUUAAGAGAAAUGAAGUAUAUUUAGUCAAAGAACAAAGCUUUUUAAUGGGAGAGAGUUCUAAAACAUUCUUGUUUGUUUUAGAAGUUAAAGGCAAAUACCACAGUCAAUAUAAUAAUAUAGAAGUUUAUAUAGGUGAUGAUUUGGAGGGCUCAGAAUACUUCCAGGUGAUUCAGCUUCAACAAGAAUCUCAUUCUGUCGUCAAACGACAAAGCUCAACAGCUAUACCAAAGAGUUUCUCAGUGUAUGAAAACACUACAGGAACCUUGUUCAAUGUCUUAGAUAACCAACCCCCCAACAGUGGCUUGUCUUUUGAAAUAACAGGAGCACUACCACAAAACAUAUUCCAGAUUGAUGCAGAGGGGAACGUUACAUUGGGUGACGGGUUUUCUUUGGAUUAUGACAGGGGGCAUCGAUCUUUCAAUAUCAGCAUUGAGGUCAAAGGAGUCCAGGGAGGUCAAGUCAGUAAUUAUUUGGUGAACCUGGUAGUCUUGGACAGCAAUGACGAGAGCCCCACCUUUUUAAACCAGCCCCACCCCUUUCAGUCCACCGUCCGGAGUAACAUGCCAACAGGGACCGUGGUCUACUCGUUGUCCGCCUCAGACCCAGACACGGGGAGCAACCUACGCUUCUACAUCAACGGUUCUGUUGGUUUUGCUGUUGAUGAGAAUACAGGAAAUAUUACCACAACAAGGCUCUUCAAUGGCCCCAAUGACACAAAUGGUAACGAUUACGUAAUCAAUGCCUAUGUGUCAGACAUUGCUGCCCCAAUUCUGCAGACGACAGUUGCAAUGGUAACGAUCAGGCUUGGUCUGAGGGGACCUCAGUUUUUCUCCCAGUCAUACACAGCAAACAUUCGAGAUGAUAACGAUAUAAACCAAAUCUUUCCAAUUUUGGAUCAAAAUGGCGAACCUUCCUCAGUAAAGAGUCUGAACUUCCAAGCAGAUCUGAAUGGCAAUACGACCUAUUCGGUGUACAGCGGUGUAACGACCAUCUCCGAUAAAUUUGCCAUCUCAGCUGAUGGACAGCUAAGAGUCCUGAAGAAGCUGCUUUUGGGUGCGGAUGCACCAGUUUAUACCCUCUUCAUUCAGGCACAGGAUUCCUUUUCUGGAUUAUCAACAAAAGUCAACCUGACAGUAAAUUUGCUGAAGAACUAUAAACCAAUGCUGACAUUGCCAGUGUACACUGCCACAGUUCCAGAAAAUCUUAAAAUCAACGAUACCAUUCUCACAGUGGAGACUAUUGCUUCCGACAACAUGCAACAAUUUAACUAUAGCGUGGACUCCCCUGUGUUUUGGGUACAAAACUUGAAUGGCAAGGGCAUCAUCAGAGUGAAUAGACAUCUGGAUUAUGAGGCAGUGAGUGAUGCUUUCUACCAGGAUCACUCCUACACAUUUCACGUGACUGUAGACGGGUACAACAUGACGUCAUUAGUUAUUGUGUACCUUCAGAACGUAAAUGAUGAGGUGCCCGUUUUCACCAGCAGCACAGAGAGCACAAUACAAGACACAAUCGACUAUGGACGUAUUGUGAUGAAUGUCAAGGCCAUCGACAAAGACGGAGAUGGAGUUACCUACCGUUUUCUAGAUCCCAGUACAAUAUUUGCUAUUGACCGAAAUUCCGGACAGAUUACCAUAACAAGACCCGGAAAUCAAAUUCCUGCUGACGUAGACUCUUAUAAGUUAACUGUAAUCGCGAAGGAUGAUGGUAGUUGUUGUAAUGGCGGCACAAGCUCUAUUCACUCGGAAACACAAGAAAUCACCAUUAACAUUGUAGACAGUAAAAAUUAUAAGCCCCAAUUUGCAGAAUGUAGUUCAUAUUACAAUGCCUCCAUAUUAGAGGAAGAACCGGUGGGAACGUAUGUUUUAACGGUAUCUGCGACUGACAUAAACAAAGGAGAAAACGGUGUUGUAGACUACACUAUUCUUAGCUUUAGAGACGACUUAACUCAAGAUUUUACCAUUCAGACAGUCAACAAAACAGGGGUGAUUCGAAGUAACGUAAAAUUCGACCGCGAGACUCUAAAUGACAUUUUAAAGGUCACAGUCAUUGCCACGGAUCACGGACAACCUCCUCUCAGCAGCGAGUGUUCGUUUAUAGUCAACGUUGUAGAUAUAAAUGAUAAUUCUCCAGCGUUUUUGUCGGGAGAAAACGUAGAUGGCUGCAAUAGACGCGAUGAAGGUGUUGUAUCACGUGACUCCUCAAAAGGCAAUGUAGCCCUGAAUAUAAGAGCGUUCGAUGUGGACUCUGGAGAUAAUGCUCAGAUAGAUUACUCUAUACUAGACAGUCCAGGAAACUACUUUGAUAUUACAUCCAAUACAGGGAUGAUCUUUGUAAACCAAAGUCUUUCUGAUGCACCUGAAAGAGUUACAUUACACGUGUUGGCAUCAGAUAAGGGUGAUCCACCAAAUAACUCAACAGCUUAUGUAGAUAUAGUUAUAAAGAACUCAACGGUGACAAAGCUAUGGCCAUCGGACAAAAACAAUCCAAAUUCAUUUAUCAAUGACAACACUAGAACAGACGCUCUUAUUACCACUGUGUCAUUUGGGAACGUUCUAACAGGCGCAAAACUUAUUGUGAAAUGCCAGUCUUCCGAUCAAGCCAACAAAUUCAAAAUAGAAAUAUCGGCCAAUAACAGGGAUAUCAUCCUGCAUGCUGCAGGUGAUUUUGAUGACGAAAAGGAUACCAAAGUAGCACAGAUAAGAGUAUAUACGGGACAGGGAGAUAGCCAGUAUUAUGAAGAUUCUUACUUCUUAUUUUCCAUCAACGACACAAACAACAAAAUACCACGAUUUGUCAACAGAGAGAACCCGGAAAUCGGCAAAAUAGAGUUUUCUGUACAGGAAGAACAACCGAUAGGAGAGGAGGUCGGCAUCCUGCUAGCCCAUGACGAGGAUAGAACUCCGCCCUUCAAUAAGGUGACGUAUAACACAAAAUUUAACGACAGCAGUUUUAAGGUGGAUGACGUCAAUGGUGUAAUAACUACCUUAAUCAGAUUUGACCGAGAAGACCUCACGUCAUCAACUCCAGAUUUACAGGUAGUGGCUGUGGACGGGUACCCUUCUUCCAUACCUGGGCGAACUAGUCCUAACACAGGGUCGGCAGUUGUACAGAUUACUAUAGAAGACAUCAAUGAUAACCCGCCUUACUUUGCCAAUGGUUCCUACUUCUUUACGGUUCCGGAGAACGCUCCGAUAUCACACUCCGUGGGAAGCAUCAAGGCGCUGGAUAAAGAUGACGAGAAAACAUCGAGAUAUACAAAAUAUUCAUUGGGAGACUCAAGGUUUUUCGGGGUGGACGAGAAUACUGGCAAAAUCUUUGUGGCGGGAAUACUAUUUGGACAAGCGAAUAAGAAUAUUUCUAUGAGAUUUACCGCAGAUGACGGAAAAUUUUCUGCGUCCGUCGAUGUGUAUAUUGGCGUACUGAAAACUUACAACAGACGACCAGAAUUCAAUGGAAACUAUAACAUCAAAAGCAUAGUGGCCAACAGAAGCUACAACGAGUCCUUGUUUCAAGUUAAAGCUAAUGACCCAGACUGUGGAAAUCCCUGUAAUCUGAGAUAUGAGAUCAUGGCCUCCGAUCCCGUCAUAUUUCGAAUUUUUACAAUUGACCACAUGACAGGAGAAGUGUCUCUUUUGGCGCCACUAGAGCCAAGACCAUACGUUUUCAGUGUAAAAGUAACAGACAGUUCAUCAAACAGGAGAAAGAAGCGAUCUCUUGCUGCCAAAGAUGCCUAUACAACUGUUACCAUCAACCCAGCAACUUGUAAUGUACACCAAGAAGCAGAUGAGGACGGUAGGUGCCAAUGUAUAGAUUACUGUAAGAACAGCGCCCCCUGCUAUAACGGGGGCACCUGUCAACUGAACUGUAGCUUGGGGUCGGAGCAUGGAUAUUACUGCCAGUGUCCCCCGGGAUUCACUAAUUGGGACUGUAGUGGGGUGGUGACUGUGACCUCGGCCACUAUAGUAGAAGAUACGGAUGACAACACUUGGCUGAUUGUACUCUUAGUUUGUCUUGCUGUCCUGCUAGUUGUGAUUAUACUUGUGGUGGCGUUCUUGAUCAAGAGGAGGAGGAAUUUGGACAAAGAUAAGAGUAUGCUUGCAUAUGAUAACGAGGAUUUUGACAUCAGAGAAGACGUGGUGGAUUACGAUGAGGAUGGAGCGGGAGAAGAUGACUAUGCUGGCUACGAUAUUACCAUGAUCAGAAAAGCAGUAACAGUUAGAGACGAAAGUGUACCAAAAUCAAUGACAAUGUCUGACAGACCUGUCACCUCAGCAGCACCCAGUAAUGGCCACCUACGGGAAUUCAUUGGAGAUCGAUUGGAGGAUGCUGAGGGUGACAGUGGUGCCCCACCCUAUGAUACGUUACACGAGUUUAUGUAUGAGGGGGAGGGAAGCCUGGCAGGGUCUCUCAGCUCAAUCAACACAUCCUCCAGCGGUGGGGACCAAGACUAUGAAUAUCUACAUGAAUGGGGACCCAAGUUUGCCAAACUUGCUGAUAUGUACAACACAUAUGAAGACUCGGACUAAAGCUUAUCAAUGAAAACUAUCUGCAUUUAUCUCAUCAUUCAUCACUCAUUUGAUAUCACUAAUAUACAUGUACAUUUUCCCAUUUUAUUUUUUACCUUUACCUAAUCAUUACAGUAGAAGAAACCAUCACAUUGAUUUUGGGAUAACACAGUGCUGAAUUUUGUGCCAUAAUAAGACUUAUUGUGUGUGACUUAGUUUCUGAAUGACGAUAAUUAUAUAUCUGUAAAUAAGGUGCUGAUGAAGAUAAUUUAUAGAUUUUUAAAAAAAUAAAUUUAUUGAUCUCGCAAUGUAAGUUUCUUUGUCUCUGAUGCAAGAUGUUUUAGUAUGUAUUAUUGUUA